AAAGAAAGAAAACACAUUAUAUGUGUCCAGCUUUCAAAAUUACUCAUUCCAUAUCUGUUCUGCAUAUAGUCCUUAGGUAUCACUGGACAGGUCAUGGCUCCACGGUCCCAGCGACGAAGGCACAAGAAACCCCCCUCAUCGGUGGAUUCCAUGGCUGUGACCCCACCCACAGUUGUUAACCCUGUGCCUUUGACCCUCUCAAAACCUGGCCCUAGCAUUGAUGCACUUGGUUUUUUCUCCUUGGAGAAAAAUGUUCCUGGUCUAUCCCAGCUGAUCCUUCAAAAGCUGAACAUGAAAAGCUAUGAAGAAUACAAGUUGGUGGUAGAUGGGGGUACCCCUGUAUCAGGCUUUGGAUUUCGAUGUCCUCAAGAAAUGUUCCAGAGGCUGGAGGACACAUUCCGAUUCUGCGCUCACUGCAGAGCACUCCCUGGUGGCCUCUCAGACUCCCAGGUCCUCCGGCACUGCAAGAGGUGCAGAAAUGUUUAUUACUGUGGUCCAGAGUGCCAGAAAUCAGACUGGCCAGCACACAGGAGGGUCUGUCAAGAGCUUCGUCUUGUGGCUGUGGACCGUCUCAUGGAAUGGCUUCUGGUCACAGGUGAUUUUGCCCUACCCUCAGGACCUUGGCCAGGGCUGGCUGAAGUUGUACAGGACUGGGACACCUGGUUUUCUAUGAGGAGUUUACAGCUGGAUGCUAUACUGGAUUCUGUGCUAGGCAGUCCCGCCAUGACUACUCUGUGGUCCAGUGUAGGACGACCAAGGCCAGACCCAGGUGUCUUGCAGAGUUCUUUGAAGCGGCUGCUGACAGAUGCUCUGUCACGGCCCUUGACACUGGGACUAGGUCUUAGGGCCUUGGGGAUAGAUGUUGGGAAGACCGGGGGAAGCACAGUGCAUGUGGUUGGUGCUUCCCAUGUGGAGACAUUUCUCACUCGCCCUGGGGACUAUGAUGAACUUGGCUAUAUGUUUCCUGGACACGUAGGCAUUCGUGUGAUUAUGGUGGGUGUAGAUGUGGCUACUGGCUUUUCACAGAGCACUUCAACUUCACCUCUGGACCCUGGCAUAGUUCAGCUUAGUGGCCACAGGGGCCUCUAUCAUGACUUCUGGGAGGAGCAGGUAGAGACUGGGCAGACACCCCAUCCAGAUUUGGUGGCAGCAUUCCAUCCAGGUUUUCAUGCCUCCCCAGACUUGCUGGAGGCUUGGCUGCCCACUCUGCUGCUACUCCGUGACUAUGAGAUACCUACAUUGAUUACUGUUUACAGCCAUCAGGAGUUGGAAGCCUCCUUGCAGAUUCUGGUGGACCUGGAUGUACACAUCACUACCUAUGGGACUAACCCUUUCAUGUCCCUCAAACCUGAGCAGGUCUAUUCCAACCCCAAUAAGAAGCCAGUAUACUGCAGUGCCUUCUAUAUCAUGUUUCUUGGAAGCUCCUGCCAGCUGGAUAAGAGGCAACUGGAAGAGAAUGUGAAUGGUAGUGUUUAAAUAGCUGAGCUAGAUCUUUACUGAAUGUCUGAAAAAUGGGGAGGUUGCGAUAAAACUACCCUGCUGAUACCAGGUUGUGGCUAGCUUUGAAACCUACUGUAUCCUAAACUUCAUUCAUAGUCUAGGUAAAAAUUCUAAGCUAGGGGAAACAGCAGGUGGCAUGGUGAUUAAGGCGCCAGACACUCCCACAU